UCUCUCUCUCUCUCUCUCAUCUUGUAUUUAACCACCUUGUUGGCUUUUGCUAGUUUCCCAUCCCUUUUUUUCCCUCUUGCUUUGCUUCAGGUUUUGUCCUUGAAAAGGAAAAGGUUCAAAAAAUCUACUCUAGCUAUGUUGGUGACUAAUUUACUGUUCCAGCUUCUGUAUUAGAAAGGAAAAUAAUAGGAAGAAAUGGGUCGUGGAGUCAGUGCUGGUGGUGGACAGAGUUCUUUGGGCUACCUAUUUGGUAAUGGGGAGCCUGCUAACAACUCUCCUGUUGCUAAGAAUGUGGGAAACUCAGCGAGCAUUAGCCCUUCUCCGAAGCCUGCUUCUGCUUCCCCGCCAAUUGAUAAGCAGACUCCAGCUGGAAUUCAUGGAAAUCUUACGAACAAUUACUACCGGGCAGAUGGACAGAACUGUGGCAACUUUAUCACGGAUCGACCAUCCACCAAGGUUCAUGCUGCCCCUGGUGGUGGAUCUUCCUUGGGCUACCUGUUUGGCGGUGGUGGGAACUGACUUGCUCUAUCCGCUGUCUAUUGUUCAGCACAUAUAAUUGUCGUUUAGGAUGCUUAAUAUCUCUUUCCAGAAACUAUGGGCUUAAUCAUUGUGCAACGUAAUGUGUUGCCAUGAUGUUAGUAAUUGUGAUGGAACACACUAAGCUAUGGAUGUAUAAUCAAACGCAAGAAGGUAUUGCGUUCUUCAUUCUGUAAUUUAUGCAUGAAUGGUACCUCCAGUUAUUUGCUUCUGUAA